AUGUACAUGCUGGGGAUCAUACGGCAACUGCAAAAGGUCCAACGCGGGCAAUUCAUCUGCGUGCUGAGGAUUGUGGUCUUCGACAUUUUGUUGCUUGUUCCUCAUCUGGCGGGCGGCGAGCAGAUUGUCAACUUGUCUGAGCAUCGAGUGAUGAUCUUCGAUAUUUUGGUAGAUGUCCCUAGCCUACUGGCUGGCGAGCGCAUUGUCAUGUUGUCUGAGCAUCCGUCGCUGACGGUAUCUAUCGACUUGGCGACUGGCGAAUUCACGAACCCGCUGACGGAACCCAAGUCCACCGUGGCGACCGGCGAAUCCGGCAUUUUGCCGAACAAGACCAAGGCCACCACGGCGACUGGCAGAUUCAUGGUUGUUGUGAUGGCGCAAUCGGAGGUAUCGUCGAAUGUUACCAACAAGACCUGUGCCCUCAUUGGGGCUUACGUCAACUGCGGAUUCAUCGCUCUCGGUGGCGACGAGCGAUUCCACUAA